UUAAAUCUACUUCCUGUCAUUCUUACGCUGCAUUUUAGGGAUAAGUUUCAAAAAUGAGUGAUAGAUACGAUAGAGCAAUCACAGUUUUUUCUCCUGACGGACACUUAUUUCAGGUUGAAUAUGCUCAGGAAGCAGUUAAAAAAGGAUCUACUGCGGUCGGAGUUAGAGGAAAGAAUAUUGUAGUCCUUGGAGUAGAAAAAAAAGCUGUGGCCAAACUUCAAGAAGACAGAACAGUCAGAAAAAUAGCACUACUUGAUGAUCAUGUGGCUUUGGCUUUUGCAGGUUUGACAGCCGAUGCACGUAUCCUAAUCAACAGAGCACGAAUUGAAUGCCAGAGUCACAGGCUAACAGUGGAAGACCCUGUAACAGUAGAAUACAUCACUCAGUAUGUUGCACAGCUCAAGCAGCGCUAUACACAAAGUAAUGGUCGUCGUCCUUUUGGUCUAUCAGCACUUAUAAUCGGCUUUGAUAUGGAUGGCACCCCAAGGUUGUACCAGACUGACCCCUCUGGUACAUAUCAUGAGUGGAAGGCCAAUACCAUUGGUCGCAGUGCAAAAACAGUGCGUGAAUUUCUAGAGAAACAUUACACAGAGGAAUUACAAGCCAAUGAUGAUGAAUGCAUCAAGUUAACAUUAAAAGCUUUGCUAGAAGUGGUUCAGUCUGGGGGUAAAAAUAUGGAAGUAGCUGUUAUGAGGCGAGGCAAACAACUCCAGAUGAUGGAGUCUGAUGAAAUAGAAAAGUACAUUGCUGAGAUUGAAAAAGAGAGGGAAGAUGAAGCAGAGAAGAAAAAGCAAAAGAAAUGAUCGCUGUAACAAUUGUUUUGUACAAAUGUCUUGAUUCAUGGUGAAAAAGUGCUGUAUCAUUCAAUACCAAAUGUUAGUAUGGGUGGAUUUUGUUUACAUUAAAUAUUUUGUUCAAUA